UAGCAGGUAAGCAGCCCGUUCCUCGACCAUUAUACGUUUGCUAUCACAACAGUCUGAACGCGUGGCACUCUAUAGUCAGCUUUAAAACUGGACAUCAGGAUGGUGAGCAGUCAAGUCAAGGCCACAGGUCCCAAAGACACCGAACACCCCGAGUAUUCCUGUGGAGGGUCACCGAUGCCAGCAGAACCCCCUUCAGAUUCAAAUAUACCGAAUCUACCGAAACCGACCCAGAAAGCGUCAGAGGCCAGUAAAGCCAAGAACAGCUGUCAAACAGGAUCCAAAAAAAACAAGUCCACUUCUGAAAAUAAAUACCUCGGAGUCCGAGUGAAAAUGCCAGUACGGGACAUGCUCAAGAAUAUACGGAUAGCCAAAGGGAUUGAGCCUAAAGAUCUGCAGGAAAAUCAUUCUAAGGCAUCUGAAGGGGAAAAGAAACGAGUCAACACAGGUGGAAACCGGAGACGUUUUCUAAAACAACAAACAAAAAGUCUUGAGGAGCUUGCGAUCAUAGUAGAAGUGUUGGAGGAGGAUCUUAAGACCUGUCAGUCAUACAGAUUGCCAGAUUACAAAAGCCCUUCUGCUUCAUGCUCUUCAGAGCUCCGGGUUGAAGAUGCAUCUCCACAGGGUUUCAUGAACACAAAUGACCAGGAGAAUGAGAUACCUCUGUCUCCAAGCUACCCAUCUGAGACCUCCCCUGUCCACUCUGUGUGCAGCUCCUACCCGUCCCCAACUUACAGCCAGGGUGCCGAUGUCUUCUUGGGGAAUCAGGAAGAAUAUAGCAUUUAUGAGUCGGAUUGCUACAGGUAUGAGGGUCAAUAUAGAAUGAGCUGCUCUCCUGCCAACUCAUGCGAAUACCAGGUGCCCUCCCCACAAGAGUCAUUCAACGCCAGUCCCAACCCAGAAGUUUGGGAGGUUUCCUCUCAAAAGAUGAACUGUCCACCAUGGCCACAUUCUCAGCACAAAGAAUGGAGCUGUAUGACCACCUUCUUGACUCAACUGGAAAGAGAGGAGAAUCUGCUGCGAGGGAUAUCUGACCAAGAGCUUCUCGCAGUAGACGGAAACGGAAGGAUUCUUUUACACAGAGCUGUUGAGGAGGGAAAGAGAUCCCUUGUGUAUGUUAUGGCCAGGAGGAUGGCGGCUUUGAAUAAACUGGAUAUCCAAGAUUCGGAGGGAAAGACUCCUCUUCAUCUUGCUGCACAGACGAAUCAACACUUAAUUGUGGUUGAUUUGGUGUCACUUGGUGCAGAAAUCAACGUGAAGGACCGGAAUGGGAAAACAUGUCUUCAUCUCAGUGCAGAGAAUGGAUAUAUUCGAGUCUUGGAGGUCCUGAAAGGUUUAAUGAGAGAUGGCGUAUAUAUUAAUUUGGAGGAAAGAGAUGCAAACGGGCUCAGUGCGCUGCAGUGUGCAGCAGUAGCUCUUAACCACACAGUGAAGGAGCUGGAGCUGUGUGGAGCUGCGGGAUGGGUCAGACUGCACACCCUUCAUCAGGAGCAGAUGAUAGAAACACUAGAGUGCCUCCUUCAAAUGGAGUGCUAUUUACACACUCCGGUUCAGGGUCCAUUCAAUCCAAUGAAAGGAGCUGUUGAUCCCAAGCUGUGUGAACAAGCAACCUUCUUUCAGUCAAAUGAAAUCAAGGCCAGAAACAACAUGAUUUGGAAGCGGUUUGGCUACAUGUGUGGCUGUUUCUAAUAAGAGCUGUUUUCUCUGUCAAGCCAGGCAGGGCUGUUAACUGACAGUAAAUGUUUUUGAGUGAAUACAAGCUUUUACCUGGCAUUGAAGGCAAAAUGUACAUUUAUGUCACAAUUUUUAGUUAUUGUGAACUUGUUUUGUGGAAAAGGAGGAUGGGAGUCUUCAAGCCGUGGUAAAGCUAUGUAUUAUGCAACCGUAGAUUUUGUUCAGUGUUCUGGUGAAAAGUGAGGUGGAUCGCUGAGCAAAAACAUAAUGGUUGCCCAUUAGCUGGUUUCUGUGAAACUUCCACUGUUAGUUACGUUUGAGUAGCACAA